AGGCUCACAACAUAUAGUUAUUUGUUAUUUUGCAGAGGCAUGGAUUUGAAUUGAGUGGUACACUGUAGCUAUGAGAGUUGGAGUUGGAUAUCUGGAGACUACUUACUGAGCUGGUUAUAUUUCACACUAUGUGCUGACUGUAUCUACAGAAACUAUUAAAAAAAAGAUAAACUUUUUUCAAAGAUUUUGAUUCCAGUGGAAUCUUUGCUUUAGAUAUUGUGUGUGUGUGUGUGUGUGUGUGUGUGUGUGUGUGUGUGUUAGUGAAUUGUAACUCCAGAAGCAAUGCCUGUACAAGCUCCACAGUGGACGGAUUUCCUUUCCUGCCCGAUUUGCACUCAGACUUUCGACGAAACAAUUCGAAAGCCCAUCAGUUUGGGUUGUGGCCAUACUGUCUGCAAGAUGUGCCUGAAUAAACUCCACCGGAAGGCUUGCCCAUUUGACCAGACCACUAUCAAUACUGACAUUGAGCUCCUUCCCGUGAACUCAGCGUUGCUUCAGCUAGUGGGUGCUCAGGUCCCUGAGCAGCAGCCCGUUACAUUGUGUAGUGGGGUUGAAGAUACAAAGCAUUAUGACGAAGCCAGGAAAUGUGUAGAAGAAUUAGCAUUGUACCUGAAACCACUCAGCAGCGCUAGAGGAGUGGGUCUGAAUAGCACUACUCAGAGUGUUCUGAGUCGCCCAAUGCAGAGGAAGCUGGUGACUCUGGUCCACUGCCAAUUAGUGGAAGAAGAAGGCAGGAUUCGUGCCAUGCGAGCAGCUCGAUCUUUAGGUGAACGAACAGUUACAGAGCUCAUUCUCCAGCACCAGAAUCCUCAGCAACUCUCUUCUAAUCUUUGGGCAGCAGUCAGAGCUCGGGGCUGCCAGUUCCUUGGACCAGCAAUGCAGGAGGAAGCUCUUAAGUUGGUUCUCCUGGCUUUAGAAGAUGGUUCUGCUUUGUCGAGAAAAGUAUUGGUUCUCUUUGUGGUGCAAAGGUUAGAGCCACGGUUCCCUCAAGCCUCUAAAACUAGCAUUGGGCAUGUUGUCCAGCUCCUGUAUAGAGCCUCCUGCUUCAAGGUCACCAAACGUGAUGAAGAUUCCUCUUUGAUGCAACUGAAAGAAGAAUUCAGGACCUAUGAAGCUCUGCGGCGAGAGCAUGACUCCCAGAUAGUUCAGAUUGCUAUGGAAGCAGGCUUACGAAUCGCACCAGACCAGUGGUCCUCUUUGCUUUAUGGAGACCAGUCUCACAAAUCUCAUAUGCAGUCCAUUAUUGACAAGUUGCAGACUCCAGCCUCUUUUGCACAAAGUGUCCAGGAACUAACAAUUGCUCUCCAGCGGACUGGAGAUCCAGCAAAUUUGAACCGACUAAGACCCCAUUUGGAGCUAUUAGCAAACAUUGACCCUAGUCCAGAUGCUCCUCCUCCUACUUGGGAACAGCUAGAAAAUGGACUGGUUGCUGUGCGUACAGUGGUACAUGGGCUGGUUGAUUACAUCCAGAACCACAGCAAGAAAGGAGCAGAUCAACAGCAGCCUCCACAGCAUAGCAAAUAUAAAACAUACAUGUGUCGAGAUAUGAAGCAGAGAGGAGGAUGCCCUCGUGGGGCCAGCUGUACAUUUGCACACUCCCAGGAGGAACUGGAAAAAUUUCGUAAAAUGAACAAACGCCUGGGUCCCAGAAGACCCCUGAGUGCCUCUAUGGGUCAGCUUAAUGAGGUGGGCCUGCCUUCAGCAGCUAUCCUUCCUGACGAAGGUGCGGUCGAUCUGCCGAGCAGAAAACCCCCUUCUCUGCCCAAUGGGAUUGUGUCAGCAGGGAACACAGUAACUCAGCUGAUUCCACGAGGAACAGACCCCAACUACGAUUCUACUCUGAAACCAGGAAAGAUGGAUCAUCUGAGCAACAGUGCCCCUGGAUCCCCUCCUGACCUGCUAGAAUCUGUCCCCAAGAGUAUUCCACAUCCUGUACCUCCAAGGGGGCCAUCAGACCUGCCUCCCAUGCCUGUCACUAAACCAAUGCAGAUGGUACCGCGGGGUUCACAGUUAUAUCCCGCCCAGCAGGCAGACGUGUAUUAUCAGGAUCCUCGAGGAGCCGCGCCACCAUUUGAACCAGCACCUUAUCAGCAGGGUGUGUACUACACUGCGCCACCGUGUGUGUCCCGCUUUGUCCGACCGCCACCAUCUGCUCCUGAGCCUGGUCCUCCCUACUUGGAUCAUUACCCACCCUACCUCCAAGAUCGUGUUGUAAACUCUCAAUAUGGCACACAGCCACAACAGUACCCACCUAUGUACCCACCACACUAUGAUGGCCGUCGAGUAUACCCUGCUCAAUCUUAUCCAAGAGAGGAGAUUUUCCGAGAAAGUCCUAUACCCAUUGAGAUUCCACCUGCAGCAGUACCAUCCUAUGUACCAGAAUCCAGAGAAAGAUACCAACAGGUGGAGGGUUACUAUCCAGUGGCUCCUCAUCCAACUCAGAUCAGACCUUCGUACAUCAGAGAGCCUCCUUAUAGCCGGCUUCCUCCUCCUCCCCAGCCCCACCCUAGUCUAGAUGAGCUACAUCGAAGACGAAAGGAAAUAAUGGCCCAACUAGAGGAAAGGAAGGUUAUCUCUCCACCUCCUUUUGCACCUUCACCAACAUUGCCACCUACCUUCCAUCAAGAGGAAUUAUUGGAUGAAGAAUUGAAGGUAGCUGGGAAAUAUAAAGGAAAUGAUUAUAGCCAAUACUCUCCCUGGUCAUGUGACACCAUCGGCUCCUACAUUGGAACCAAAGAUGCAAAACCCAAAGAUGCUGUGGCAGCAGGGAGUGUGGAAAUGAUGAAUGUGGAGAGUAAAGGAAUGAGAGACCAGCGGUUGGAUCAUCAGAGAAGAGCAACAGAAACCAGUGAUGAUGACCUCAUCCCAUUUGGAGACCGACCAACAGUAUCUCGGUUUGGUGCCAUCUCUCGAACUUCCAAAACAAUAUAUCAGGGUGCUGGCCCAAUGCAGGCUAUGGCACCUCAGGGAGCUCCCACAAAAUCUAUUAAUAUUUCAGAUUACAGUCCUUAUGGAACCCAUGGUGGCUGGGGAGGUUCUCCCUACUCACCUCAUCAAAACAUAACUUCUCAGGGACACUUCAGUGAAAGGGAGAGAAUAUCCAUGUCAGAAGUGGCCAGUCAUGGCAAACCCCUUCCAUCUGCUGACAGGGAACAGCUACGACUAGAAUUGCAGCAGCUAAACCAUCAAAUUAGCCAACAGACCCAGCUACGUGGACUAGAGGCUGUUAGUAACAGGCUGGUGUUGCAGAGGGAGGUGAACACCCUGGCAGCUCAGUCACAGCCACCACCACCACCUCCAAAAUGGCCUGGAAUGAUCUCAAGUGAGCAGUUGAGCUUGGAACUGCACCAGGUGGAAAGGGAAAUCGGGAAGAGAACCCGGGAACUGAGUUUGGAGAACCAGUGUUCUCUGGAUAUGAAAAGCAAAUUGAAUACAAGUAAGCAAGCAGAAAAUGGACAACCAGAACCACAAGCUAAGGUUCCAACCGAGGAUCUUACAUUGACAUUCAGUGAUGUGCCGAAUGGAUCAGCCUUGACACAAGAGAAUAUCAGCCUCCUAUCAAACAAGACCAGCUCUCUGAACCUGUCAGAGGACCCUGAAGGAGGAGGAGACAACAAUGACUCCCAGAGAUCAGGAGUUACACCCAGUUCUGCCCCCUAAAAUAUGAGGAGUUCUGCUCCGAAUCAAUUUGUAGGACGUAGGGUAGCAGAACGGUAACUUCUAAACUUCUUCUCUGAGAGUGGUCAGAGAAGUCCAGGGAAAGCACCGGAGGCAAUGUGCACAAACACCACUACUAAAAACAAACCCUGCACAUAGAUCACAUUAAUGCAUUUUUUAAUUUAAAGAAAAAGAAAAUUAGCAGUAUCUGCAAGCAAUUCAGAUUAAAUUUGUUUUUGUUCUGUGAAUGAACUUUAUUUUAAUAACUUUGGACGCCUUGGAUCCAGGGCUUUAAAAAAAAGAAGAUAUUAUAUAUACACUCUGUUUGAUUAAUUGUAUGAUCUUAAUGAAGUAGGUUUUUCUUGUAUUUUGGUAUUAUUACAUACCCAGUGUGUAAUUCCUGCCUUGCAAUCCUUUCCCACUAUCACAGCCCCAUAAAUUAAAACAGACAAAAAGCACCAGCCUUUCUGAGAAUCCUCUGGUGCCUGAUAAACAAAAAGACAGUAACAGACCAGUUAGAAAAUGUGCAGCAAACCAAGGUUUCUGAGAGCUGUCAUUUGGAAGCCAUGAUUAUCCUUUCCUCUCUGGGUCACUGCCUUCAUGUGUUAAGUAUGUUUCCUAUGUUGUUCAAACGUAUUUUUGUUCAGGGGGUUUUCAUUUCUUGUUUUGUUUUUAACUUUUCAGAGAUAAUUGCCAGACAAGUUUUGAAGUCCUCAUGCCCAUGUCAUGGAACCCUUUCAUUCUCUUAACGUAAUCUGAAAGCAGAGCCAGUGUUCAGAUUGUUGGUUAGAUUUAUAUGGAGAUUAUUUUAAGAAUGAACUCUAAUUUAUCAGCACUGGAAAUACUUGGUUAGUGUAUAACCUACUUUGAGCUGACGGUUGGAAAUUUGGACCUGUGCUUUUCUAAAUUGAACUUCGGAUGAAAUCAGAGAAUGCUAAAAAACCAGCACAGCACAAUCAACCAUGUUUUAAAACUGCAGUACUUGAAUUCAAGUUAAAAUGGACAGAGCCACAUUAUUUCACUGAAUUCUUCUAUUUUACCCUCAAAACCCAAAAAAUAUAAAAUAAAAUCCCUAAAUACUGGUCCCCCUGGCUUUCAGAGGUUUGCCUGGAUCCUGGGAAUAGUUUCUGAAUUGAUCAGUUGUUGCUGUUCAGAAUCAUUAGCACAAGUAGGUAGAAGUACCUACAGGUUAAUUUCCAGAGACUUUGUUUUACAAUACUGAAAAGAUUCUUCAUGAAAAUGUUAAAAAGAAUAAAGAAGAAUUUGGUUAGUUCUGCUGCACAUAUUCUGAUGGCCCAUGUCUGUACUGAACUAAGACCCUAUAAACCAUGCGAGGUGGGGAUUAUUGGAUAUAGUCACUCUCCCCAUCCCUCUGUUUGCCUGAUUUUUUAUAAUUUCCCUUUCUGGAUUAUACUACUAAAACAGAAAGCACUGGUUAUGUAAUGUUACUGCAUUGCUUUGGUUGGGUAAAAGCAAGAGUUUGUAUUUUUCUUGUUUCUUAUUUUCUUAACCCUUAACUCCUGCUGAGGUCAUAACCUCAGUCUAAGCUCUGUGUCCAUCAUAAUGUUAACAAACAAAUUGGGGGGAGAGGGGUAAUUCAGUCCUGCCAUUGCCUACCAGUAGGAGAGUCCAAACAGAACACUCUUUUGAGUAGCGAUUUUUUAAUUUGCCCAGUCAAGGCACCGUGUUUAUAUACUAUUUCACAUUGAAUUUGAUUAUGCCCUACAGACCUGGCUGGUCAAGGAUUUGAUAUACACAUAUUGGCUUGGGAUUCGAGCUUUCUUUUUUAUUUAAAUAAAAAUUUAUAUAUAUUAUAUAUAUACAUAUAUACAUAGCUAUAUCUGUAUAUAUAUUGGGUAUGUUUUAAGGAUUUUUUCGCAUGAGCGCAGCUGUUGCGAUAAAAUGACUGAUUGGGAGGUAGAAGCACUGAAUGAAGAUGAGGCAUUUUUUUCAUUUGAAAUCCAUAUUCUUCUGUCUUGUUAAUAUACUUGCUUUUGUGCUUUUUUUGUUUUGCUUAAAACCCUCUUAUAUUUAUUUUUUAAGUGUUUAUUGUUUUUUUGGGAGAAGGAGAGAAACUGUGUGUCUGACAGAACCCCAAUACUUUUCAUUUUUCUAUAUAGACAACCAUAAAAGGCAACAUUCUUGGCCUGCAACUUUCUGUGGGCAGAAUUGGGCAGAUCUUCUCCUUUGGACAUGUUAACAUGUUCAAUUUGGAACUCAAAAUGAAACUUAGGGAUAUUGAUUUUGUUAAAGUUCAGAAUAAGUAAAAUUCCAUUGGGGUAUCUAUUACCACGCCUGAUAGCUUCUGUUAUUCUGUGACCUUCAAAUGCUCUCAUUCUAGCUACCGCCAUUUUGAUACUCUAAACUAGCCAGGAACAGGGAUUAAUUUAUACAGUGUUCCUUUUCUGAAUAAAACUAGGAAAGCCACUGUUUUGAAUUGAUUUAAAAUAGUUUUUCACUUCUUAAGGUAUAUUUAUUUGGGGGGGUAGGAAGAUCUCUUAAAUUGUAGCCUUAAUUCUCGCUGUACCUCUCUAAGGUCCCACACUCUUGAGGCAAGCUGGCUGCAUGGAAAGGCAGGGGAGUAGUAUAUUGUACAUGUGCCUGUAGCCCACCUCCUGGAUAUUCUUAAAGCUUUCCUAGUGCUCACAAGCCUCAAAAUUUGGGGUUCUCUUUUCCUUUUCUCUGUGAUUUACUUUAUGAUAUAUAAGCCUGUAAGAAAAAGUGGCAAAAGUGCUUGACUGUUUAACGCCUAUUUUGGUCAAAAUCUGUGAAAGGCAUUGAUUUUUUCUAGCUUCUAAAAUUUAUGCCAUUAGAAACAAGAGAUUAAACCUAUCAGAUAGCAAAUAAGUUUUUAUGCUUUCUACUUAUUAAAAUAUUAAUUUCUUCUGAAAAUGACUACUUGCUUUCACUGAAUUCAAAAUCAAGACUUGGACGUCUCAGAUUGGAACAAUUCUGAGAGGGCCAACGUGGGAAUAAUAAGCACUGUGUUCACGCCUGUUCAAGUAAGACCAUAAUUUUAUAGCUAGAAAUAUAAAAGUACUUUGACUUAUUCUUUUUUAAGGGGUCUCUGGAAAAGUGUAGAAAUACUGAAAAUAUGGAUUCAGUUUCUUGACUUAUGUGUAGAUCUUUUGCCUUACUGAUAGAUACUGUCACAAUGUAAGUCCAGUAGCUUGCCCUGUCUUGGCUAUUUUACAGAGGCUAACGUAACCAAAGAUCCAUUCCUUGUUACUUUUCUAAUCAAAAGUUAGUUAUAGCAGAGGUUUCUACUAACAUUAUUCAAAUGACAAGACACUAUUUCUAAUGCCAGCUACAAAUAUUCAGCUACUCAGAAUGUACACAAUUUAUCUGGUACAGCAUGAAUGUGGCUGAGUCCCUUCUCCCAUCCGUUCCCCUUCCCUUCGCCUCGCUGUUCCCUUGUAUUUAUCCUUUUGCUUUUUCUAAAAGACAUAAAAUUGGUAUGAUUCUUAUUUGCUAUCUUGAAUGUCUAACUUCAUCAGACCUUCAGAGUUGAAGCUCAAAGUUGUUUUUCUCUUUUAUUUUCUGGCCCUUUUCUAUCUUGCAAAUUCCCCUUGAUUUACCCCCUGCCCUCCCCAAUCUGCAACAGUGACAGUUUGCUGCCUCAAAACAGAGCAUUCAAAUGAAUUCGCUUAGCCAAUAACUUCUGUGAAGUUGCCUUUUCUAAUGGUGUUAUUACUCAGUGAUGCACAAAUGUGGUAUUUGCCCUACUGGUAGGCAAACAAAGGUCUGGUUCAGAAUGGUAACCUGCUGGGGUGUUUUUGUUUUUCUUUUUUUUCUUUUUAAAGGAGAGCCAAAGACUUGUGCUUUACUCUGUUUUGGUUUGGGAAACAUAGUAGCCAUUUUUGAUUGUGUAACCUUUAAGUAUUUGUGAGUUGAUUGUAUUGUGUAAGAUUUAUCUAAAGUUAACUGAUAGAGUUAGCUGGCCUUAUAAAAUGUAAAAGUAAUGAAAAUUCAUCAGUUUCUCUUUCAUCAGGGAAUAUCUUUAAUAAUAUUUUGUGUAAGUGGUCCCUUCCCUUCUUUUUAAGACUGUUUUGUCAUGAUAGCAUCUUGUGUGUUUUUCCUUUUUUUAACUUGUGCCUAAAGAACAGUCUCCUAUCACUAUGGUUAAGUCAUGGGCUGGUGAGACAUAAUUAACUAUGGGCUGUAUAU